GAAGUACACUUCGCGACAAGCACAGUCCGCGGGCGCACGCACCUGCUGCUAUCUAUGAUGCUUCUAAACAUUGUACGGAUUUUUGUGUUGUCUAUAAUAAUUCCUGGUCAAAAUGCGGAGAGUGUUGUACGUAAAAAGUUAAGCGAAUUAUGCACGUGCAGUGAAAUUUAUAAUGUGGAAAAAACGUAUUUGAUAUUAAACAUACAUUGUUCGGAAACUGAUAGAAAAAUUCAUAUCACCGAUUUGGACAAGAUAGAAUGGCCGCCGAAUCCCAACGGAUUGAAAAUCUCAGCCACAUUUGAGGGUAUGCAGUUGUCCACUGUUGGCAAGUUACCGCCGAACUCCCAAGUGGAGGCCCUGAGAUUCACGAAUAACGGCAUCAAAAUGUUCUGGCCGGAUCCAUUCGCCAACGUCCCGCAUUUGAAGAAGCUCUCUUUCGCUCAGAAUGACUUGAUCGACUUCUCCCCUGAUCUCUUCACGAAUAUCGAAGGAUUGGAGGAAUUAGACCUAUCCGACAACAAAUUUAAUAGGUUCAACCCACUGAACUUUAAAAAAUUACAGCAAUUAAAACGUCUAUAUCUACAAGGAAACGUGUUUAAUAACUUUCCCUUGGAAGCUCUCAAAUCUAAGAUGUUGGAAGAAUUGGAUAUAGGAAGAAACAAUAUAACUGACCUGAUGCUGCCAAAUGAACACAAAGUUCUGUCUGGAUUGAAAAGAUUGCAUCUUUAUGGUAAUAGAAUAAAAUCUAUCUUAAAGGACUCCUUCCCAGAGAACAAUAAUUUGGAAUUCAUUGAUUUAUCGAACAACGCAAUAGAAAAUAUCGAAGAAGGGUCUUUCCUAACCUGCACAAACUUAAGGGAACUAGAUGUAAGUCAGAAUAACAUCACGUUUGUGUUCUCCUUGCCGCCGACGGUGCAGAUCAUGAAGCUGCGUGGCAACACUAUGUACAACUGGCCGAGGUUCCCCAGCGGUAUCAAGUACAUAGAUCUCUCAUACAACAGACUGUCCGAUUUGUAUGAUGAGGCGGCGGUCAAUUUUGAUAAUCUUGAGGUACUGAACAUAGCUGGCAAUCAAAUCGCGAAAGUGGACAUCAACAACAAACUACAAAAACUGUACUUCCUCGAUCUCUCUUACAACAACAUCAACGACAUACCGAAGUCACUAAGCUCGCAGCUGUUGCCGAACUUGAGUGACCUGCGGCUAGACGGGAACCCUCUUAAAACCAUAUAUUUCAAGAACAUACUGGCUAUAAACCGACUGUAUAUGACAGACCUCAAAUCGUUAGAGGUGGUGGAUGAAAAGGCGUUUAGUAAUGUGUUGGGACAAUCUACUGGCGAACUUCUGGAGACGCCUUGUUUCUCUUUAUAUUUGUCCAAAUGCCCAUCUCUGAGAGAGAUAAAAGUCGGAGCUUUUGAUGGCACGUCCUUGUGUAUGCUGGACGUGAGUGAGAACAAGUUGAAGCACAUAUCUCAGAACCUGACGGACUGGUCGACGGUAGUGGAAGGCGUCAACUUGCAGCACAACCCCUGGACUUGCUCCUGCGAGCUGCAGUGGGUCCUCAACGAGCUCAUACCGAGGAUGUACAAGACGAGAACCACAAACCUUUUAGUCGAAUUGAGGUGCGAGUCGCCUCGCGAAAUUAAGGGCACUAGGCUGAUACACUGGUACAACAGAAGCGACGAUUUCCUGUGCUCUGAAGAUUACCGGGACACCGGAGCUCCUUACCCUUCCACUAUGCAAUCUACCGAAUCAAUUCUAACACCGUGGCAAAUACGUCUUCUAGAGAUCAUUGGAUGCUGCAUCAUCGUAAUCCUUGUCAUAGCUAUCGUAGUAGCGUGCACGGUCAGAAGGAAGAGUUUACGAGAGAAGCGCAGACGGCAGGCCAAAGAAGAUCUUAAAAAUGAGAGUGUUAAGGCCCACAUACAAGCCCUCAAUAGAAGCUAAAUAGUUCCUAAUAGAUCUUAAUUAAUUUAGGCAUUGAAAUAAAGUUUACGGAUUUCAUCGUGAUUACGUUUAGGAGGCUAUUCAGCCAUGGACAUGGGGUAACGUAAGGUACGGGACUGAUUCAACUGCGAAUAAAUUUUCCAUAUUGUUACUUAGUUCUUUUUUAUGAUGGUGGUCAUCAGAAAAGUGUAAAGUAAUAAAAUAUAAGUAUUAAGUUUUAACAGCAGUUUCCAGACAGUAUAAAAAAAUAUUUACUUAUUGUAUUAAUUGUUUGAUUUGUUUGAGAGUUUUAUUGAAAAAGAUUUUGUUAAUUAUAUUUUAGUUGGUGUUGCUCGUGACUCCGCCCUCGUAAAUAGCCUCUCCCGUUACAAAGAGAGUCACAGUAACGAUGCAUAGCGCCAUCUAUACGACACCGGCGCUAUCUAUUUAAGAUUUUAGAUUAUGAAAUUCCAGUAUUCAGGUGAAAGGUGAAAUUAUCCAAAAGGGAAUCUGACGUGCUACAUAUAGAUACUGAUAUACUUAAAGACGGUCUGCAAAUUGUUUUGACGGUAAUAAGAUUUUACAGAAAUUCUCCAUAAAAAGAAGCCGGCAGGAAUCUGUUUAUAUGAACCCUUCGGUACUGCCAUUAUUUCCAAUGGGAGCAAAUUACCGUGCCUAUGUGUUAAUCUAGGACAUGGUUUAUCCGUGUGCUAAAUUUCUUCAAAAUCUGUUUAGCUACUACUGCGUUUACUUAUAAGAAACAUUUAAAUAUUGUCACAAAUUGUCAUAUUUAUAAUAUUAGUAGAUGAGACUAGUCGAUACCUUAUCUUAUCUUUCUUCUUUCUUUCUCGUACUACGGUUAGUAGAAAGAAAGAAGAAAGAUAAGAUUACACGACACAUCGCAUAAUACUGUUAUAGGUAGGUACUUAUAACACAUUCCAGUUUUAGGUACCAGCUUUAAAUUCGAAAGUGAAUACUAGGUUUAAUCAUAUAAGCACUUAAUAUGAUUAAGGGCUGAUUGUUUAAUCGUUUUAUAUUAAUUAGAGAUAAUUUAUUUGAGUAUGUUACGACUUAAAAAUUUGGCGUAUAUCAAUACUACAUUAUAAAUGUUUUGUUCUGAAACUUAUAAAAAAUGAUUUCGUAGAUUUUUAACUUCACUUUAACUUUCUGUUUAAUACUACGUUCGGACCCGCACCGUUUAUAAACGCCAAAUUUAUAACAUUAUACUGAAAAUCUGAAUAAUGAUAAAGUAUGAUAAUGAUUUUAUGAUUAUGAGGAAGAUUGUUGUUAUGCUAGUGCGAUUAUAAUUAUAAUAGAAAAAUUAUGAUUAUGCGUGUGGUUAUGAUAGACUAUGAUUACGUGAGAUAGUGAUUUUGAUAUGAAAACUAUGAUCAUGAUAUGAUUACUAUAAAGAGGUUAAUGAUUAUGCUAGUGAGGUGAUGAUUAGUAUUUUGGCCAAAGGUGUUAUCAAUAAAUUUCAUUCACAAAAUAGACUAAAAUGAAACAUUCCCAUCAAUAAAAAAAAAUAAUCAGUCCAUACUUGUUUUAUGUUAAUAAAAUAUUUCCAAACUAA